GAUGGACCCCUCCAAGACCCGCUCCGGCCGCUGCUCUGGCCCCAUCCGCCGCGUCCUCACCAUCUCCUUCGCCCUCCUCAUCCUGGUGGUCCUGGGCUGGGCCUACGCGGCCGGGGUCCAGCUGGCCCGGGACCGGCACGGCCUCUUCGCCUUCGGCCUCUACGGCACCUUCCUGUCGGCACACCUCCUGGCCCAGAGCCUGUUCGCCUACCUGGAGCUGCGGGCAGCCCGGGGGGCCUCUCGGAGGCCCUGCAGCUACAGCCGGACGGUGGCACUGACCAUCUCGGCCUACCAGGAGGAUCCGGCCUACCUGCGGGAGUGCCUGCUCUCUGCCCGCGGCCUCCUCUACCCCCGGGACCGGCUCCGGGUCAUCAUGGUGGUGGACGGGAACCGGGCCGAGGACCUGUACAUGGUGGACAUGUUCCGGGAGAUCUUCGCCGCCGAGGACGCCGCUACCUACAUCUGGGAUGGCAACUACCACCAGGCCUGGGAGCCCGGCCCGGCGGCGGACCCCGGGGCCACCGACGGUGACGGAGCCCUCGGGGACGGGGCCUAUCGGGAAGUAGAGGCGGAGGACCCGGGGCGGCUGGCGGUGGAGGCGCUGGUGCGGAGCCGGCGCUGCGUGUGCGUGGCCCAGCGCUGGGGCGGCAAGCGUGAAGUCAUGUACACGGCCUUCCGUGCUCUCGGGGACUCCGUGGAUUACGUGCAGGUGUGUGACUCGGACACGCGGCUGGAUCCCCGGGCGCUGCUGGAGCUGGUGCGGGUCCUGGAGGGCGACGCGGAGGUGGGGGCCGUCGGCGGUGACGUCCGGAUCCUCAAUGCCGGCGACUCCUGGAUCAGCUUCCUCAGUUCCCUCCGUUACUGGGUGGCCUUCAACGUGGAACGGGCCUGCCAAUCCUAUUUCCGCUGCGUCUCCUGCAUCAGCGGACCCCUCGGUCUCUACAGGAACGACCUCCUGCAGCAAUUCCUCGAGUCCUGGUAUAACCAGAAGUUCCUGGGGACACACUGCACCUUCGGAGAUGACCGGCACCUGACCAACCGACUCCUGAGCAUGGGCUAUGCCACCAAGUACACCCCGCUGUCACGCUGCUACUCGGAGACGCCGUCCAGCUUCCUCCGCUGGCUGAGCCAGCAGACCCGCUGGUCCAAGUCCUUCUUUCGCGAGUGGCUGUACAAUGCCCUGUGGUGGCACCGGCACGCGCUCUGGAUGGCCUACGAGGCGGUGGUGUCGGGCCUCUUCCCCUUCCUGGUGGCGGCCACGGUGCUGCGGCUCUUCUACUCGGGGACGCUGUGGGCGGCGCUCUGGGUGCUGCUGUGCAUCCAGGCCGUGGCCGCCCUCAAGGCCGCCUACGCGGCCUGGCUGCGCGGGGCCCCCCGCAUGCUCCUGCUCUCGCUCUACGCCCUCCUCUACAUGGGCGGCCUGCUGCCCGCCAAGUUCCUGGCCCUGGUCACCAUGAACCAGAGCGGUUGGGGCACCUCCGGCCGGCGGCAGCUGGUGGGGAACUCUCUGCCCCUGGUGCCGCUGGCCGUAUGGGGCGGCCUGCUGCUCGGGGGGCUGGGGGUCACGGCGGCCCGGGAGUGGAGGGCCGACUGGGGGGCCGAGGCCAAGAGGGCCGAAGCCCGGUACCUGGCGGCCGGGGCCGGGGCCUACGCGGCCUACUGGACCGUCAUGGUGGCCCUGUACUGGGGCUGGGUGAAGAGGGGGUGCAGGCGGCGGGCGGGUGCCUACAGGGUGCAGGUGUGA